AUGUCACUUGAUGCCUCAGGCAUGAAAAAAGGUGACCCCUCGUUGAAAGCUGUGAAGCAUCCUCGAUUUGGCAAAAUUUUGGUUGCCACGCGAAAUUUGCCGAAGGGUUACUAUGUGGCUUGGUGGGGCAAGUUGUUGCCCAAGAAGAAGAUGCCUCGAAAACGCAUGGAAUGGGCGUUGGAGACGACGAAGGGCAUGGUAGAUGCGGUGCCUUACAAUGGAUCCCUGCUGAAAUUCUGCGCGUGUCCAGGUCCAAACGAAUUGCCCACCAUUGACUUCGCACCAAACAGUGAUGUUUUGUUGAAGCGCGGUGAAGACAAGGCCGCAGUGAUAUUUCGGACAUUGCGGCCUAUCCCGCGAAACUGGCAGGUGGACAUGAUGUACAACAAGGAUGAAAAGAGUACUGAGGAGUUCUUUCAGGAGCAAGGCAUUUGCCGAGGGGAUGUUGGCACCAAAAGAUACCCAGCAGUGAGGAAGAAAAAUGCUGGCCCACCAGUUUGGCUGAAGAAACGGGCCAUGAAAAAGGCCAAGACAAAGACAAAGUCCAAGGCCAAAGCAAAGAAGUGA